AUGCCCGGCGCUGGUUCGAGGGGCAUUGCCCUGUUGGUAUGGAUCGUUGUCUUUACGGUGUUUGAUGCCGUGGUCCUAUGCUUGCGCUUCUGGGCAGCGCGGAUGAUGAGGAGAGGGUUCUACUGGGACGAUGCCAUGAUUGGGUUCGCUUUUGCGAACAUCGUUGCGUUAGAAGGCGUGGUUAUUUGGGCUAUUUACAAUGGUUUGGGCAAACAUACCAUUGAGCUCACGCUUCCCGAGUAUGCGGUUCAGUUCAAGCUCAUUCUAGCUAGUGGCGUCACUUGGCUGCUGGGAACCAUCUUCAUCAAGUUCGCCAUCUUGUGGAUGUACACCCGCAUCUUCGCCACGGCGCAGUUCAAGCGAUGGUCGCGCAUCCUGAUGGGCGUCGUGGGCGCCUACGGCGUCGCCUUCCUCAUCCUCUUCAUGAGCCGUUGCACGCCCAUGUCGCAGCAGUGGGCUCCCGUCGAGGGCGGCCACUGCCGUGACAUCACCAUCGACCAGAUCGUCUCCGUCACCAUCAACAUCAUCGUUGACGUGGCCAUGACCGUCCUCCCGAUGCCGGCGCUCUGGGGUCUUCAGAUGCCCCUGCGGAACAAGAUUGCCGUCAGCGCCAUGUUCGGCAUGGGAUUCUUGACCAUCGCGAUCAUGAUCUGGCGUCUCAUUAAUACCGUCACCACCAUUGGUGACACCGACUUCGUCUACAACCUGCACGACAUCGGCCUCAUCAGCCUCCUGGAGCUGUGGAUCGGCAUCGUCAUCGCCUGCCUGCCCACCCUCGGCCCCCUGCUCAAGACCUACGUCAAGCCGGCCGUCGCCAAGAUCGGCUCCAAGCUGACCAACCCGUCCACCGACCGCGGCAACAUCAACCUCAAGGACCUCUCCAGCGUGCAGAGCAGCAGGCACGGCACCCGCAGGAACUACGACAAGCUCGGCGACAACGUUUCGUACGUCGACCUGGAGCGCGGCGGCGGCAAGGUGGCUGCCGGCGAGCACGCCGUCACGACGAAGUGCCAGUACGCCCCCGGCGGCGAGGCGCCGAGAGACAGCCGGCCGGUGAUUUACGUCCAGCAGGACAUCACCACGUCGCAGGACUCGUGGGAGCGGAGACAAUGA